AUGAAUUAUGAUUAUCCUCCACUACCAUCGCCUUACAGAAAUGGAAUUGGAUUUAAAAUAUCAGAUACAUCGUUUGCAAUACAGGCAGGCGAUACUAGUUCUCCAUCUCUUUUGUCAAAUUUAAAUUUAAUUGAUUUAUUAAGCCAUAAUUGGACUAGUCCUUCUUUACAAGGUGUUCAGCCCUCGCCAAGAGCCCGUAUGUCAGUCUCUAUCAAUACUACAACUAAUAUUGCUUAUUUUUAUGGAGGAAGAACGGAAUUAACACAGUCUCCAAUGAAUUAUUUUAAUUCAUUUUAUAAUUUCGAUAUUAAAACAUUAACGUGGAAUUGGCCAAAAGUAUUUUAUUUUGGAGGCAUUAGACCUGCAAGAUAUGGUCAUAGCAGUAAUUUAAUAUCUAAUAGAUUAUUUAUUAUGGGUGGUAAGACUACAAUUUUCUCUUCUGAAUUAAAUGCUUGGACAUUCUCUCCUAGUGAUUUUCAAAGUAUUUUAGUCUAUGAUACGACUCAACAUCAAGCUGUUACAAUGGCAACUAUCGGAGAUGUACCUCCUGCUAGAUAUAGUUUUUCCACAGUUAAUGCUCCUGAUGGUGAAUCUAUUGUUUUAUUUGGAGGACAGAAUGCUACUAGUCUGCAAGAUAUAUUUGAUGCGAGUAAUGAUGUAUAUAUUCUAAAUACAUGUACAUUGAAUUGGUCACAGCCAAUCAUUAAAGGCAAUCCACCUAUUGCUCGUGCUGGACAUGAAGCAAUUGUUUAUAAAAAUAGAUAUAUGAUUGUCAUGAUGGGAAUUCAAAAUUUUGUUAGUGGAAUAGGUCCUGUUUAUAUUGAUGAUAUUGCAAUUCUAGACAUGAAAACAUGGACAUGGAUUUCAAGUAUAUCUGAAGAUAAAGACUUUGUUAGUGUUCCAAACUGUCGAUUUACCUUUCCUAUUGUAUUAUCUGACAAUAAUACCACGUCUAUUAAUAAUGACGGAAGCAGUAAUAAUAAUAUGACAACUGUUUCAAACCCACAUUUGAAUAGCAGCACUAAGCAACUAGCAUUAGGAAUUACUUUUGGUAUCUUGGGAUUUUUAUUAUUGACAACAGCUUUUGUGAUAUUUAUCAUGAAAGUAAGGAAAGAUAUUGAUCCUAAACAAAAUCCUCGGUGGAUACCUAGUGUUUUAAAGAAAAAUAUGGAUAGCAGGCAACAUGCUUAAUACACGCAUCUGUAUGUAUACUCUAUAAGAUCUGGUAUAUUGACAACAUUAUUAAAUGAAUAUAAAUAAAAUUAUUUCUGUUCAAUCCUUUAUACAAAUGUUGCUAU